AGUGCGCUCCCAUUUUCUCAUUCCAUUCUUCAUUUUCUUCUCGAUUUGGCAUUUGGAGCUUUUUCCAAUUUUCGUUUCUUGUUCUUUCUCCCAACACAUGACACAUUCCACAUGGAGACUCCCGAUUUCUCGCCGCCUCACGCCGACGCAUCCAGACCCUCCUUAGGCUUUCCUCUCGGCACUGCUCUCCUCCUUCUCGUCAUCUUCACCUUGAGCGGAAUCUUCUCCUGCUGUUACCAUUGGGAUAAACUCAGAUCCAUCCGCCGUUCCGCUGCCCAAGCACUACAUCACGAUCAUCAUCUCCUCCCUUCGUCUCCAUCCAAAUCCAACUCUACUGCACUGGAUUUGGAGAAGAAUCAAAGAGAGAGCUUAUCGGUGGUGAUGCCUGGGGAUUCGAUUCCCAAAUUCAUCGCGAUGCCGUGCCCUAGAGAGCCGCCUCGGCCGGAGAUGAUUCAUGUGAAAGUGGAGAAGCCGCCGAAACCGCCGCGAAUCGCGAUUCCUUUCUAUUAGCAGAUUCAGAAUCACCAUUGAUUGAUCUGUGUACAUAGUAGAAGGAAAUUAAUUCUUUUUCAGUUUCAUCUUUCAUCUUCCCUCAGGAAAUACAAUUUCAUCGGCUUCCAAUUUCGUUGUGUGU